AUGGUGCGCCUGGGCCUCUUGGACGCCAGCGACGACGACGAGGAAUUUACGACGGCGCGGUCGCCCUACGCGGCGCCGACGGAGGCCGACGACUCCGAGGACGAGCAGCCCCACGCGGCGGCGGACCGGACGCCGCGCCGGAGCUUCUCGCCCGGCGGCCUCUUCUCGCGGAGCGACGGGAGCGGCCGGGCGGAGGCUUCGCCGGGCGCGCGCGACCGCCUCGGCCUGGCCGCCCAGCUCGAUCUCGAUGCCGACGCCGUCGGGCGGUGGCGCCGCGCGCUCGCGCCGCCGCGGCCCCUCGCCGGCGAGCCGGCGCGGGACCGGCUCGUCGUGACGCCGCCGCUGCCGCCGUCGUCACCAGUCCAACAACCGAGGCAAGCGCCCGGCCCGCGGCCCGCGAGCCAGUCGAAGACGCUGCAGCUGCUCGCGGCGGCGCGGCGCGCGAGGGGCCUGCCCGAGAGGCCCUUCUCGCAGCUCGGCGACGCCGGCAUGUGGUUGGCGCGGAGCUUCCGGCCGGCCUUCGGCUGCGACGGGCGCCUCGCGCGGCCCGUCGUCGGCCGCGGCGCGUUCUUCGUCGAGAUCAAACGCGUCCGCACGACGGACGCGGACCCCGAGCCGGCCCUGAACGCGGCGCUCGCGCACUUGCUCCCCGAGGCCGAGGCCGCGCCGCAAGAAUUACCGUUGAGGGCGCUGCCCGCGUGCCCCGCGUACGACGACGACCUCUACGCGGCCUCGGCCGCGCGGGCCGCCGUCGCCAAGGCCGUCCACGCCUAUGGGAAAGCGCACGCCGGAAGGUUGCGCGAGGCCUUCGAGCUCGUGGGCGCGCUGUGGUUGCACGACGCCACGGCUACGCACGUAGAGCGGCCGACCGUCGCGUCGGCCUGGGCGCGCGAGUUGAGGAGGGCAGCUAGAGACGACGCCGUCGGGUCGUGGCUCGCCGCGCGCGCGCGCGCCGAGGUCCGGAACACGGGAGACGGCGUCCGCGCGGCGUUCCUGCACCUCGCGCGGCACGACGUCGCGGCCGCGGCUAAAGCGUGCGCGGCGGCGGGUCGCACGCGCGCCGCGCUCUGCCUCGCGGCGCGCGACGAGCCGGAUUCCGAUCCCGCGAUGCAGGUCGAGUUCGCGCGGGCCCGCGCGGUCGCGGCGGCGGCCGGCGGCGCGGACGCGGCGCUCGAGGCGCGCGUGCUCGGCGUGGCCGCGGGCGCCUUCGACCUCGAGGACGAUGUUGAGUUAAGUAAUCCGAACUCGGCGGCGGGCCUCCGGUGGCGCACGCGGCUGGGCCUGCACGCGUGGUACGGCCGCGGCGAUAACUUCGAGGACGCGCUGGGCGCCUUCGACGAGGCCGUCUGCGACGGGCGGGCGCGAGCACCUUUAGCUGAUGAAGUUGGAGGUAGAGUGCCGGCGGCGCACUACACGCUGCUCAAGCUCGCGUUCUCGAGCGACUUCGAGGACGCGGACGCUCUGUUAACAAGCUUCGCGCACGGUUUGCGGUGCGGCGAGGCGCCGGGCGGGCGGUGGCACCUCGCCCUGUGUCUGCGGGCGCUGGGCGUGGAGGUGGCCCAGGCGUCGCUCACGCGACUCGGCGCGGCGUUCGUCGAGGACCUGUGUGGGCGGGGGCUCUGGCACUGGGCGCUUUUGGUGAUUGCCGCGACGCAUGAUGAUCCCGAAAUAAGGGAGCGCCUGGCGCGCGACGUCCUCGAGCGCCACGCGUGGCCGCCCGACGCGGCGGGGACGCCGGGGGCGCAGCUGCGGCCCGGCGCGGUGGAAGCAAGGAAGCGGCUCGAGGAGGCCUAUGAGUUAAGAAGGGCCUUCUGCGGCGCGGCCCUCCAAGCGCCCGACGAGUGGCUCGAGUCGGCGCUCGCGACGCGCGCCGGCGCGGCGGGCGGCGGCGGCGCCGCGCACGUCUCCCAUUUAGUUGGAGCGCGCCGCUGGGCCGAGGCCGAAAGGGCGUUGAGACGCCGCUGCCCGGAAGCGCUCGUCGCGGGCCGGCCCGCGGCGCUGCGGCCCGUGCUCGAGGCGUGCGAGGCCGCGUUCGUCGCGGACGGCAAGGGCGCGGCGUGGCGCGCCGGCGCGGGCCUCUACCUGGACUACGUGCGCUUCCGGGAGGACCUCGCGGCGGCCAUGGUCGCGUUGGACGAAGGCGCGCCGCCCGACGCGCAGAUGCUCGCCGGGCUCGCUUCGAGUGCACGGGCGCUGCGGGCGCGCGUCGACGGCUCCGCGGCGCUCGCCGCCGAUCGGGCGGUCUGCGCGACGGCCGGCGACGCGCCCGACGAUUUGGUGCUGCUCGCGUGCCGCUCGUCGCUCAGUUCGGAGCUCGACGACGCGGCGCGGAAGCUCGACGACGCGUCGGGCCUGCGCGCGGCGGCGGCCGACCCCGUCGACGACGUGCCGGUGCAGACGCCCCACGCGAACUGCAAACAGGACGUCUGCAUCGAGCUCGCCGACGCGCUCAUCGCCGGUGAGUAA